CAAAAAAAUCAGAAGAAUGCCCUCAAGACACUAUUAUAUAUUAUAUAACUGUACUGUGACAAUUAAUUUGAGAUCUUCAUGCUGGUUAUUGGAAGACACGCAUUCUUCAAGUCUUCUUCGGCUUGUUAUGGUGUUGCUCAGUGAAUGUAUUAAUUAACAAAAUAAGUUCCUGUAAGGAAAUGGUGAAAACCAAGUUGAAAUGGAUCAUCAGUUUCUUGUUAGUUGCAUUUCUUUCCAUAGAGCAUACUUUCGAAACAAAUACAGAAAGCCGGAAAUAUAGAAAACCAAAUAAGAAACCUAAUAAUUCUCAAAAACAAAAUCCAGUUGCUUCACAAGACAGGAAAGAUGAAUUGAACUUUGGGGGAUUUCCGACUUCACAAAAUUUAAAUGAAAUUAUGUCAAACAUGUAUGGAAGACAGUCAACAGGAGAUUCCAGUAUAGAAAUUUCAAAAAUUGACGAAGCUCUGAAAUUUGGAAUCCAUUCUGCAGAAACUCUAAUAAAUGUUCAAGAACCGUUGUGGUAUGAGAUGGGAUUGUAUCUUGAUAAGGAUCACCCUGCGAGUAAAGUGGCGGAUUUUGGGAAACCAAACCGAAAAGCUCUGGAAUUGUCAAAAUAUGGAAUUCAGAGUAUCAGAAGGUCUGUCCUCGGACCACGACUACCGUCUGCCCGUGACAUCAGUGUGAAAAUUCACGGUGAAAGUAACAAUGAACUGAAGAGUGUCACGUUGAUGUUCAUGCAGUGGGGACAGUUCAUCGAUCACGACAUCACUUCUGUCGUGAAGUCGAGAAGUUUCAAUGGGUCAAUACCAAGAUGUUGCGAUGGAGGUGGGCGGAGAAUGUUACCUCCUGAACUAACACAUCCAUCUUGUCUACCAAUCAGCGUGUCUUCGGAUGACUGGUUUUUCGGAAAAUUCGGUAUACGUUGCAUGGAAUUCCUGCGGAGUGCACCUUCAACUAGGAUCGACUGUGACCUUGGAUGGAGGGAGCAGAUCAACCAAGUGACACCUUUCAUUGACGCUUCUACGAUUUACGGAAGUGACAUCGAAAUAUCUGAUUCCAUUAGAACAUUCAGAAAUGGAAAAAUUACUUAUGGCCGAAACGAUAACGGUGAAGCUUUACAACCUCCAGACCCACCUGGGGGCGAACUAUGCCGAGCUGGAGCCCUCACGACUGACUGCUUUGAACCUGGAGAUGGUCGAGUAACAGAACAACCCGGUUUGACUGCUGUGCACACAGUUUGGAUCAGAUUCCAUAACAAAGUAGCUACCGUUCUUUCCAGAAACAAUCCACAUUGGAGUGAUGAGAAGAUUUUUCAAGAAACCCGAAAAAUAGUGCAGGCCCUCAUUCAGCAUAUUACUUAUCACGAGUUCUUGCCGAUUUUAUUGGGACCCGAGGUUGUACGGCUGUUUGAGCUCGAUUUGGUGCAAAAAGGAUAUUAUGACGGAUAUGAUGGAAGAAUCAACCCUGGUAUUGCAAAUUCCUUCAGUGCAGCAGCAUACAGGUUUGGCCACAGUAUGGUCCAGAAUUCAUUCAUAAGAACGGAUCAUAAUCAUAAACCUAUAUUCAAUAAUGUAUCUCUACACGAAGAAAUGGACAACUUUGAAAACAUCUGGAGCUUCGGUUCGAUUGACAGACUACUUCUAGGUUUUUGUAAUCAGCCGUCUCAGCGACGAGACGAGUUCAUCUGCGACGAACUGACCAACCACCUCUUCCAACCAUUCAACUUACCAUUCGGUAUGGAUCUGACAGCGAUAAACAUCCAAAGAGGAAGAGACCACGGUAUCCCUCCUUACACGUCCUGGAGGCAGCCAUGCGGCCUGUCUCCGGUAAAAGAGUGGAAGGACUUACUGAGGAUUUUCAAUGUGGAUACUGUGGAAAGAUUCAGAAGGGUGUACAGACAUGUGGACGAUAUCGAUUUAUUCUCAGGAGGGUUGGCAGAGAAGCCGGUUCGGGGAGGGGUCAUUGGCCCUACUUUUGGUUGCAUUAUCGCUCAGCAGUUUCUCAAUUUGAGGAAAGGAGACAGAUUCUGGUACGAAAAUGGAAAAUUCCCGUCAUCCUUCACGCCAGCCCAACUACAGCAAAUUAGACGCAUAACUUUUUCGAAAAUAUUGUGCCAAACAAUGACUGAAAUCGAAUCCAUUCAAACUUUCGUUUUCUUAGCAGCAGAUGAUAUCCAGAAUGUUCGAGUCCUCUGCGACAGCUCAGCAAUGAAAAACUUCGACCUGUCUCCCUGGAUAGAAACUACUUUGAAAGAUAUCGAUAACAGAAUAGGUUUUGACUUCGGUAGAGAAGGCACAGAUCAACUUGAGGCAGACAUUUCAUCCAGAGGAAGGAAAAUAGAAACAAAAAACAGGAAUAAACCAAAAACUCAGUCUACUGCUACUAAAAUAAAUGUCAAAGGCUCAGCACCCAAAUAUUCCAGCGAUGUUAAAACUGAAACUCACUAUAAUAGGAAGUCUUCGAACACCGCAGAUAAGCCGUUGGAAGUCAACAUCAAAAUCCAGUAUUUUUUCCCUACUACUACUACAACUAGUACGACGACGCGUCCUCGCAAAAAGAAAAAGCGGCCUCCAGUCGCCACCACUAACGACCAAUCAAUAAUAAUUACACAGAAGCCUUUCACAAAUAAGAAUCCAAACAAAAUCAAUCCAUCAUUUACUCAGUCUACUUCCCAAACGAAUUCGUACGCUUCAAGGCCAAACAUUCGUCCAACUUUUAUAUAUGAUAGACCGACUAGUGAUAAUGAUUACAGUCUCCCAGGGAGCAGGCCUAGCCAUAUCUAUAACCGCCCUGUAGGUACUGUGAAUAAUCAAAAUUCGAACAAUGUUAGACCUUUGCCUAUUCAUAACAGACCCAGCUCAGGUGGUUUCGAUAUAAAUGAUUAUAGACCUACCAAUUCAUAUAGCAGGCCUAGUAGUCCAAUUGCUAUCAAUAUUCCAAGCGAUGAAUACAACUAUGGUUCAAAUAUCAACAGACCCAUCAGUAACUAUGAUAACGACAUAAUCAGUGUUGAUCAGUUCAGUUACAAUAGUGGCAGACCCAAACCUGACACCAAUUAUCAGAACCCAGGGUUUGAGGACUAUGAUGAGGUGAUUUUUGAAAGUGAGCCUUUCAGUACCUCACAAAGGCCCUACGUUUAUAAACCAAGCAGCAAUAACUACAUGUUCAACUACUACAACACACCACAAAGACCUCAGCAAAGCAAUUAUGAUCCAAUUUCGGACUAUUCAUAUACACAAAACGAUAGAUAUGAUAUACCGAAAAGACCCAGUUUUGGACAACCCAGCCCAAGUUUCAUAAACGACAAAGUUGGGAAACCCAAUAAAAUAUACUCAGUUGGCCACGUUUACUCGUUAGAUGACGAUAGGAUUCACGACAAGCUGGACUUUAAAACGAGAGUUGUGACUAAGAUAAAGGACGAUAGAAACAAAACUAGGUAUGUGAAAAUUUCUUCCGUCAAGACAAAAGCUAUUUUGUCAUCAAGUAAUGCGUUUUUCGAUGCCGUUUUGCAAAGGGACGGAGAUGACGAAAUUGUCGAGAGAGGAGAUGAAGAUGAACGAACCAUGCGACUGGUGGAUAUUGAUGUGACUCCCAGUGAAAUGAAUCAUAAUAACUGGUUGGUUUACAACGAAACUGAUGACCCAAUGCCAACAUUCUUUAUGCCUGACUUCAAUCUCCAUACAUCGUGCACAGAAGAGAUUCCUAAGCCAAUAAAGUUGAAAACAAAUGAAAAUUUUCACAAAACGAAUGAUUUAAAAUAAAAUCUGGUAUUGUUUA